CCAUGACUCUGAACGUGACAAUGAGACGAAGCAGCACUUCGGUGCAAUCACAGCAGCGGUGGAGCAUCCCGGCAGAUGGGCGGAAAAUUCACGUACAGAAGAACCAACAUGUCCAACUCAACCGCCAGUACACCAUAAACCCAGACGACUACUACAGGAGCAGCUGGUCAAGUGACUCCUCGGAUUCGGUCAUUUCUUCAGAAACCGGGAAUAACUAUUACCGAGUCGUCCUCAUUGGGGAACAUGGAGUUGGAAAGUCUACGCUCGCAAGCAUAUUUGCUGGAGUCCCUGAUUCUUUGGACAGCGAUUACGACAUAUUGGGAGAAAACACAUACGAGAGGACCCUGAUGGUAGACGGAGAAAGCGCGACAUUAAUCCUUAUCGACAUGUGGGAAAACAAGAGUCAGGACAACUGGAUCCAUGAUCACUGCAUGCAGGUUGGAGAUGCUUACUUAAUAGUUUAUUCCAUCACCGAUAGAGCAAGUUUUGAGAAAGCGUCGGAGCUUCGCAUUCAGCUCAGGAGGGCACGCCAGACAGAAGACAUCCCUAUAAUACUUGUGGGCAAUAAAAGUGACCUGGUCCGGUGCAGAGAGGUUUCAGUAUCAGAGGGAAGAGCGUGCGCCGUGGUGUUUGACUGCAAAUUUAUUGAGACCUCGGCAGCCGUUCAGCACAACGUGAAGGAACUGUUUGAGGGAAUUGUGCGGCAAGUGCGUCUAAGGAGGGACAGCAAGGAGAAGAAUGAAAGGAGGCUGGCGUUCCAGAAAAGAAGGGAAAGCAUCCCCAAGAAAGCCAGGAGAUUCUGGGGGAAAAUUGUAGCUAAGAAAAACAAGAACAUGGCGUUUAAGCUGAAGUCCAAGUCUUGCCACGACCUCUCUGUAUUAUAAGAAAAAUAGGAUGUGCAAAAAAACUCUCACAAUAUGUUCUCUUGGUGGACAUCAUGGGGUUAUUUUUCGAGCAAUAAGAAAUCUAUAUUAGAUUGGAUAAUGCCACAAUUUACUUGUGUUUUCCACACCUUUGAUGAGAUGAUCAUAUUCACAAUUCCAAUCAGUAAAAAGGACAAUACAUUUCUUUCAUAUUGAUUUUUAUAUUUAUAUUAACAGAACACUGGCCUUUUGUGCCAGAGUGCCUGAUAUUGAAUUUUUAUUUUCCCCUUUUUAUCGGAUUAGCUGUAUAACAAGUGGAUUCGGCUUUCAACAUUGACCUCCUGCUAAAA